AUGAGCCCUCCACGACAACCUUCUCGUGACCCACGACUCAACAGAGGUCCUCCCGGUCCUUCAUCCACACCUCUCCGACCCACGCCCAUCAAAACUCAAGACAACAAUUCCAAGAUCCCCUUCGUUCAGGGCAUCUCCGAUCUCGUAAACAGCGCUGUGAAAACGAGCAGUGUUCAGGCGGAAAAGGAUACACUGAAGAAGGGCCAGGAACUGGCUCAGGGCCUCCUUCAGAAAGCUCAGGGGCAGAAAGCAUUCCCGUCUCUUAUCGAAUACUUUCAGCAGGCCAGUGAUGAACACCGAGCGAAGUUGGGUCGAUUGGAGGAGACCUCGAGGGACCUUAGAUCGCAGAUCGAACAGCACGAAAGGGACCUUAACAAUCAAUGGACUACGUCCAUAUUCUCAACUACUCGAAUCGACGAAAAACGGCUACAAGAUGAAGUCAAAGCCGCCAAAGACGAGGCCGAAGCUGCCAAGAAAGACGCUGCGCAAGCGAAAGCCGAAGUGUCGAGGCUGACAGAAUCGAAUCAAUCGAUGGAGAAGAUGUUAGAAGAUUUCCGGGAAAGGCUGGAAAAGAUGGAACGAGCUUCAACGGGACGCACUGCCGACGUCAAAUAUCUUUUGGAAACGAGCACAAAACUUGGGGCAGCUUUCAAUAAGCUGGACUCUGGUGAGCUUUCAGUGGAGGUAACGAACAAGCUUUGCCAAAACGUUACAGCACGACUACAGCCUCAGAUCGAAGGAGUAAAACACUUAAAUACAAAGUUGGACGCGAGAGUGGCCAAGGUCGAAGAGGAAAUUGCGCCGUUAAAAGCUCUCCCUUCGAAGGUCGAUGAAAUUGGCGAUCUUGUUCAAGAACAUGCCAAAAAGCUGACACAGUCCAACGUUGACAAGACCGUGAAGCUGUACAAACAGAUCAACUCUGUCGUCCCCCGCCUUCAAGAUAUGACGUCCCGUCUUGAAAAGGUUGAAGCUAUGGCUCCCCGUCUGGAAACGGUGGAAGCUAUGGGUCCCCGCCUUGAAACGGUUGAAGUCAAGUUAAACCAGUCCAACAAUUCUGUCGCAGUCCCCAAUGGCAGCUCGCUCUCAAAGACAGGAAUGCCCUUAGAGCGACUGCGAGAGUUCGCCACGAAGCAGGAGCUCCAGAAAUUCAUCGAUUUUCAGAAGGACAAGGAUUUUGACGUAUAUGACGAGCUGACAAAAGUACAAUCGUCUGUCGGUGACGUCCAGAAGCAGCUGGAUACCUUGAAAGACGAACAUAGCCAACGCUCCAGCCAGGUUGUAGCUUUGCAGGCCGAUUCUACGAAGUUUUCAGAGCAAAUCGCGGCUGCCAAGGCUGAGACCACCAGGAUUUCUGAUGACAUGAAACAUCUGGCCCCUAUGACUGCAUUACAACAGCUCUGGGGCACUAUGAAUACAUUUCAUCAGAACUUGGAAGGAUGCAGAGUUGGGUUGCAUUCACUGGAAACGAGGUAUAACAGUCUGUCGACGGAGCCUGUCGUUAAGAGUAUGGUGGUCGCCAUGCAGGAGAUGUAUCCAUCGGCUGGACAACUGACCGAUCAAGUUGCACAGCUGAGGCAGCGACUUGAAGAAGAAUUGCCUACGCUCAAACAACGGAUGGAUACAUUGUCCGAGACUGAAAAUGAUCAUUUUAAUCAAUGGCAGCACACUGCAGCCCAACGCCUGGACGAUAUCAAUCGGCUGAGGAAUGACCAUACCAAUCUUAACCACACACUGACCCCUCUCUGGGAACGAUAUGCGGCCGAACGAAAAUUGCCCAGUGAAGAUGACGUGAAAAAUCUCAGUACCGAGUUGGGCUUGUUACGAGAAAAGCUUGCCAGCCUUGCAUCCCAGACUAGCGAGAUUAAAACGCAGUCAAACUUGUGCAAAGAGGGCCAUGGAAAGAACUAUGGUGAACUCGCCGAGAAGAUCCAAACCAUGACGGCAGAACUCCAAGGGCUAAAGGACGCGUUCAAGGAGAUGAAGUCCACAAAUAAGGAUAAUUCCAGAAUCGUCAAGGACCUAAUGGGCCAGGUCGACAAGUUGGGAGACGGAUUAACGGAGAUCACGUCAACAAACACGGGCAACUCAGCAGUGACGACUCUCGAGACUGAGUUGAAAAAGCUGGGAGAUAAGUCACUGGAACUUAUGUCAACAAACACAGGCAACUCUGAGACACUGAAAGCUCUAGAAACCGAGCUGAAGAAGUUGGGACAUGAACUGGCUGAAGUCAAGUCAAGCAAUUUGGAGAAUUUCAAAUCACAUGACAAAGACCUGAAGACUUUGUCCACGAACAUAGAUGACGUCGAAAAUAGGGUCCUGGAGACACUCGAAAAGAAGUUGACAGAUACCUUGUCAGAGGCUCUUCAAUCCAACGCAAGCCAGCCGAUCGAGAGUCAACCGGAAAAUGAACUGUCGGCCGCGGUCCUUCCACGAUCAGAAAGCCCCGUGGAAACGCCGCGGUCAACGGUCGAAAACGGCUCGCUAUUGCCGAAAAAAAAGCAGAAGAAACGGCUCCGACCUUCGGCUUCUGAGGAUGAACGCUCUUCUCUCCCGUGUGGGUCAUCAAAUCUCGUGUCGUCACCACAACUAAGUACUCAAGAGACUCCGGUGGAGGGCAAUCGGCGGAAGAAACGGAAGAAGAAGGGAGAUGCCAGAGCAGAAGCGAGGAAAGAGGAUGCGAUCCUCAUUGAGGACGAUUGA